CGGCAAGAUGGCAGCAAUCAUAUCAAUGCCGUUAAAGAAGGCUUCUGAAGUUGAUUUACAUCGCCCGUUAGCCAACUUUAUCGCUGGAACUUACAGUUCUAUGGACAGUCCUGAAGACUACAGCACACAACUGGCAGAAUUACAAAAAUUAAGGACAAAUGUCUGUUGCAGAGCGCUCGACAAACACGAUUCGUCUCUGGAUCAGUUAUACAGGUACUAUGAUCAACUUAAUGCGAUGGAGGGAAAAUUCCCUUUGGAGGAAAACCAAGUGCGAAUUCCUUUUCGAUGGAAAGAUGCAUUUGACAAGGGUUCUCUAUUUGGUUCAAAGAUGUCUCUGACCGUCUGCACUGGGACGUUCGAGAAGGCGUGCGUCAUGUUCAACAUCGCGGCCAUGCAGAGCCAGGUCGCAGAGGUGCAAAAUCACGACGACGACGAAGGCCUCAAGAACAGCGCUAAACUGUUCCAGACGUCUGCUGGCAUCCUCUCCUACCUGAAGGACAACGUGAUGCACAUGACGACACAGGAGCCGACGCCGGACAUGUCAUCAGACUCGUGCGCGGCUCUCAGCGCCAUCAUGGUCGCGCAGGCUCAGGAGGCGUUCUACAAGAAGGCAACACUGGACAAGAUGAAGGAUGGCAUCAUCGCAAAGCUCUGUAACCAGUGCUCGGACCUAUACGCCGACGCCCUAAAGGCAAUCCAAGUUCCCAGCAUCAGGGAUCAGUGGGAGAAGCAAGCCGACCAGCUCGUGAAGGCGUCGCAGAGCCGCAGUAAUGGCCUGCUCGUCGUCGACCGUCACGCGACGAGGAUACGCCUCGCACACGACGCCGCCAAGAAGGACAACGACUUCAUCUACCACGAGCCGAUCCCCGACCCCGCCACGCUGCCGCCCAUCGGCAAGGCCCCGCUCGCCAAGCCGCUGCCCCUAGCUGCGCGCAUGAGCACUAAGUUCACAGAUCUGUUUGAGAAGCUGGUGCCGAUCGCCGUGCACCAGGCGCUGGCUGCAUACGACACGCGCAAGGCCGAGGUCGUCAACACGGAGGUGGGCCGGCUGCGCGAGGCAACGCAGCUGAUGAAUAGCAUCCUGGCGUCGCUCAAUCUGCCGGCGGCGAUUGAGGACCUGGGUCCCGGCGCGGGCGACACGCUGCCCGCGUCCAUACAGGAGAAGGCGGCCGGCGUGAGGGCCGAGGGAGGAGUCGACGGCCUCCAGCGAGAGCUCAACGAGCUUCCCGAGCUGCUGCAGCGCAAUCGCGAGAUCAUGAACGAGUCGGUUAGGCAGCUUAACGAAGGGAAUAACAGACAGCGGACGAAACAGCGUGCUGCUCAGCAGUGCGUCGCCGCGCCGGGUGGACGCGCACAAGCCGUCGGGCUAAUGCUCACCGACCGCUGCGCGCCGAGGCCAGCAAGUUCCAGACGAUCCCUGAUUCAACGCAGAAUACGCCUGCUGUCACAGAGCGAGGCUGAAAUACAGAAAGCCAUUCCACAUGCUAGUGUCGGUGGUUCCCUGCAAAACAGCCCCAUCGUCGUUGAACUGCGAAGCCACAUGGAGCAAGUGGAGACCAUCAAGGCAGAGAGAGAUGCAAUUGAAGGCGAAAUCAAAGAUGCCAAGUCAAACAUGGAGCAAAGGUUCCUGGCGGCUUUGGCGGCAGAUGGCGCCAUUAACGAAGAGAGCAUCUCGUUCUCGGACCUGAGCAGCACGUAUGGCCCCCUGCAGAAGCAGGUGGUGGACAGUGUUCGCAGACAGGAGGAGCUGAUGGGAAAUGUACAGCGCGCAAACACGGAAUUCUGCAAUCAGAAGUCGUCCAAUCAGAGCGCGGCGAAGCGCGAGGAGGUGAUGAGGGAUCUGGCUGCAGCGUUCGAUGCCUUUAUGGAGUUAACCAGCAACCUUAAGGAAGGAACCAAGUUCUACAACGACCUGACCGAGAUCCUCCUGAAGCACCAGAACAAGACGAAGGACUUCUGCUUUGCGCGCAAGAUGGAGAAGGAGGACCUGAUGAAGGACCUUCAGCAGGCCAUCGCCAGCCAGCCGUCGGCUGCGCCGCCGAAACCGCCCCGCCACCACGAAGCGGCCAGUCAGCAACCUCCCCCUCGGCCACCUCCCCCGACCGCUCCAACAAAUGCCGCCGCCGCCGCCGCGCAGGGACAAGUGGCGACACCGCCAGUCACUCCCCGGCAAAACAUACCACCGGCCCAACCUCAGGCCCCCUCAGCGCCACAGGAGCAAGCGCAGGCAGCUGCCGCGGGCCAGUCGGCACCCGGGCAGGGGACGCCACAGCUUCCCGCGUACAGCCAAGCAGCUCCAGCGUACGGUGCAGCCCCCGGAGCCGCCGGCUACGCGACCUAUCCGGGAGCCUACGGGUACAUGCCCACUGCUAUGCCGGCCGGAUACAACCCGUACGCCAUGCCCUACCCUCAGCAGGGCAUGCCUCAGGGAUAUCCCGGCUACCCUGGUGGUUACCCGCAGGCAUAUCCAGGAUACCCUCAACAGCAGCAGCAGCAGCAGCAGCAGCAGCAGCCGUGGCAAACUGGCCAGCAGCCAUAUCCAGGACAGCAGCCCCCAAAUCCUGCUUAUCCGCAGCAGCAACAGCAGCAACAGCAGCAGCCGCAGCAACAGCAGCAGCCUGGUUCAGAUUACUCUCGUCAGCAAUGGCGUUAGUUCCAUUUUUGCUCACUGGGUGGCGCUGGGAUUGCUUACUGCUCCGCUUGUGCUUGCAAUGUGUUGCCGGAUUGCAUAGCCACAUCAUGUACUGGCCAAUUUUGAUUGUACAAAAUCCUGUUGUUCAGUAUAAUAAUUAUUUGGGCUAUCUUGACAGUUCAGGGGAAAUAUUUUAAAGUAAAAAGAGUUGAUAUUUCUUGUUAAUUUUGAAUCUGGCUAUUAUCGAACCUUGAAAGUAAUGUCUGAUCGCAUAUUUGAUGUUACAAGUGAAAUGAGAAUUCUUGUUCUAUGUUUAAACCAAGCAACAGCUAGCUAGCCAUAUAUAGUCCAUUCAACUCGGAUAAUGGCAUCUGGAUUGUUGCUGGAACCAUUUGCAUUUGUUGUGGGUGGUUAGAUUUCUAUAUUCUAGUUUUAUGUAAUUUUGUCUCAUCGCAUCUUGAAUGCGAUUGCUUGCAAGUAUAAAAAAUGAUCUGGAGGUGGAGUUUAUGAAGUUAAAACAAAGGGUAGGUGUGGCUUACUUGUGUUGUGCAGCAUUGUUCUGGCAUCAUCAGUUCGUAGCUUGGGUAGUGCUUCUGUGAUCCUUUCUGAUGAUUGAAUAGAAUGUGAUAUUAGAACAAAGAAAGAUUUUUUCUUCUACGACAUGUCUGUAAUAUUUGCAAGUCAUUUAUUUUAUAUUUCUUCUCUUUCUUCACACAAAUAUUUCACAAAAAUCGGGUUUAUCUUACAGUAUAUUCAAAUAAAAAUACCAUACUUGCAGGAAAA